AUGAAGCAUAUUCUUACACGAUCUGAUACACAUUUGCAAACACUGUUACGAACUGAAAAUAACCUUCCCACAGUACUUUCUCUGUUUCAUACACCUUAUCUAUCUAUCUAUCUAUCUAUCUAUCUAUCUAUCUAUCUUGAUAACAUCUUUCUUUCUUUCUUUCUUUCUUUCUUUUUUUCUUUCUUUCUUCGACAGUUUUUGCAUCAUUUCUUUAUGCAUUUAUUUUCAACUUUCUCUGUGGCAGCAUAUUAUGUUUCAUUAUUUCUCUUGAACAGUAUAUUAUGUUUCUUUGUUUCUUCUUUCUGUGUAAUUGUUUUUUUUUAUUUAUUUCUUCAUCCUCGAACAUUUUUAUCACUUUCUUUCUUACUUUAUUUUCUUCUUCCUUUUGCGCAAUAUAACAUGUUUCUUUAUUUCUUUUUUAUUUAUUUAUUCCUUCUUUUCAUCGGCUGUUUUAGCAUCAUUUUCAUUCUUCUUUCUUUCUUUCCUUCUUUUCAUCGGUUCAUUUUUCAUUCUUUCUUAAUUUCUUUCCUUCUUUUCAUCGGUUGUAUUAGCAUCAUUUUCAUUCUUUCUUUCUUUCUUUCCUUCUUUUCAUCGGUUGUAUUAGCAUCAUUUUCAUUCUUCUUUCUUUCUUUCCUUCUUUUCAUCGGUUGUAUUAGCAUCAUUUUCAUUCUUCUUUCUUUCUUUCCUUCUUUUCAUCGGUUCAGUUUUCUCAUCUUCCGUUCUUUCUUCAUCAGCUGUGUAAUUGUAUUUUGUUUAUUUCUUCAUUCUCGAACAGUUUUAUCACUUUCUUUCUUUCUUCAUUUUCUUCUUCCUGUUUCUUUCUUUAUUUAUUCUUUAUUUUCAUCGGUUUUUCUAGCAUCAUUUUCUUUCUUUCUUAAUUUCUUUCUUUUAUUCUUCUUCUUGGACUCAGUAUAUACUUGUAUGUUCUUUCCUUGUUUCUUUCGCUUGGACAUUAUGAUAUGCUUCUUUUUUUCUUCCUGGGCAUUUUUAGCAUAUUUUUCUUUCUUUCGUUUUCUUUAA